CUUGGCUUGGUCUCCACCUUUCAGAUUGACAAGUACCUCUACCACAUGCGGCUCUCCGAGGACACCCUCCAGGAGGUGUCCCAGCGUUUCAGGAAGGAGAUGGAGAAGGGGCUGGGAGCAGACACCAACCCCACUGCCUCGGUGAAGAUGCUGCCCACCUUCGUGAGAUCCACCCCGGAUGGGACAGAGGAUGGGGACUUCUUGGCGCUGGACCUCGGUGGCACCAAUUUCCGCGUGCUGAGAGUGAAGGUGUCUGACAACGGCCUGCAGAAGGUCGAAAUGGAGAAUCAGAUCUACGCCAUCCCCGAGGAACUCAUGCGAGGCAGUGGGGUGCAGCUCUUUGACCACAUUGCCGAGUGCUUGGCCAACUUCAUGGAGAAGCUGAAAAUCAAAGACAAGAAACUCCCCCUUGGGUUCACCUUCUCCUUCCCGUGUCACCAGACCAAGCUGGAUGAGAGCAUCCUCGUUACGUGGACGAAGGGUUUCAAAUGCAGCAGCGUGGAGGGGAAGGACGUGGUGUCAAUGCUGCGCAAGUCCAUCAAGAAAAGAGGGGACUUUGACAUUGACAUUGUGGCCGUGGUGAACGACACCGUUGGGACCAUGAUGACCUGCGGCUACGACGAUCAUAACUGUGAAGUUGGCCUCAUCGUUGGUACUGGUACCAACGCCUGUUACAUGGAGGAGAUGAGGCACAUUGACCUGGUGGAAGGGGAUGAAGGUCGGAUGUGCAUCAACAUGGAGUGGGGGGCCUUCGGUGACGAUGGCGUGCUCAACGACAUCCGGACGGAGUUCGACCGUGAGAUAGACAUGGGCUCGCUCAACCCUGGCAAACAGUUGUUUGAGAAGAUGAUCAGCGGGAUGUACAUGGGAGAGCUGGUCCGACUCAUCCUGGUGAAGAUGGCCAAGGAAGGGCUCUUGUUUGGAGGGAGGCUCACACCAGAUCUGCUCACUACUGGCCACUUUGAGACCAGAUACGUCUCUGCUAUUGAGAAGGAGAAAGAAGGGCUGCAGAAAGCCCACGAGAUCCUCAGCGGGCUGGGCCUGGAGCCAUCUCAUGAAGACUGCGUGGCCACCCACCGCAUCUGCCAGAUCGUCUCCACCCGCUCGGCCAGCCUGUGCGGGGCCACCCCGGCAGCUGUGCUGCGACGCAUCAAGGAGAACAAGGGGGUGGACCGGCUGCGGUCCACGGUCGGCGUGGAUGGCUCCGUCUACAAGAAGCAUCCUCACUUUGCCCGGCGCCUCCAUAAGACGGUGCGUAAGCUGCUGCCAGACUGCGAGAUCCGUUUCGUCAGGUCAGAAGAUGGAAGCGGCAAAGGGGCAGCCAUGGUGACAGCGGUGGCCUACAGACUGGCUGCCCAGCACAAGGCACGGCAGAAGAUUUUGGAGGCGCUCAAGCUGAGCCACGAGCAGCUGCUGGAGGUGAAGCAAAGGAUGAGGAUAGAGAUGGAGAAGGGGCUGGGCAAGGAGACGCACGCAGAGGCAACAGUGAAAAUGCUGCCCACCUACGUGUGCUCAACUCCAGAUGGGACAGAAAAAGGAGAUUUCCUCGCCCUGGAUCUGGGAGGUACCAACUUCCGCGUGCUGCUGGUGCGCGUGAGGAAUGGGAUGAGGCGCGGCGUCGAGAUGCACAACAAGAUCUACUCCAUCCCAGUGGAGGUCAUGCAGGGGACGGGAGAGGAGCUCUUUGACCACAUCGUCCACUGCAUCUCCGACUUCCUGGAAUACAUGGGAAUGAAGGGUGUAUCGCUCCCGCUCGGAUUCACAUUCUCCUUCCCUUGCCAGCAGACCAGCCUGGAUGAGGGGAUUCUCCUGAAGUGGACAAAAGGUUUCAAGGCAACCGGCUGCGAAGGAGAAGAUGUGGUGAACCUGCUGAAGGAGGCAAUUCACAGGAGAGCGGAAUUCGACCUGGAUGUGGUUGCGGUAGUAAAUGACACAGUUGGCACCAUGAUGACCUGUGGAUACGAAGAUCCGUAUUGCGACGUUGGGCUGAUAGUCGGCACAGGCAGCAAUGCCUGUUAUAUGGAGGAGAUGAGGAACGUGGAGCUGGUGGAAGGGGAGGAGGGCAGGAUGUGCGUCAAUAUGGAGUGGGGGGCGUUCGGUGACAACGGCUGCUUGGACGACAUACGGACAGAGUUUGACUUGGCGGUGGACGAGCUGUCUCUCAACCCUGGGAAGCAAAGGUUUGAGAAGAUGAUCAGCGGGAUGUACCUGGGGGAGAUCGUGCGAAACAUCCUGAUGGAUUUCACCAAGCGAGGGCUGCUCUUCCGGGGACGGAUCUCAGAGAGGCUGAAGACCAGAGGGAUUUUUGAGACCAAGUUCUUGUCCCAGAUAGAAAGCGACUGCCUGGCCCUGCUGCAAGUCCGCUCCAUCCUCCAGCAUCUUGGCCUGGAGAGCACGUGUGACGACAGUAUCAUCGUGAAGGAGGUGUGCACGGUGGUGGCCCGGCGGGCAGCCCAGCUCUGCGGGGCUGGCAUGGCAGCUGUGGUGGACAAGAUCCGGGAGAACCGCGGGCUGGAUUUCCUCAAGGUCACGGUUGGCGUGGAUGGCACGCUCUACAAGCUGCACCCUCACUUCUCCACCGUCAUGCGCGAAACAGUGAAGCAGUUGUCUCCCAAGUGCGAAGUGACCUUCCUCCAGUCGGAAGACGGCAGCGGCAAGGGUGCAGCACUCAUCACGGCGGUGGCCUGCCGGAUCCGGGAGGCCGGCCAGCGAUAGAAGGAUGGAGGUUUGCCGAAGAGCUUGGUUUCAGCACAACAGGACGUUUCCCCCCCCGGGUCCCUCCCUCCGUACAC